UUCAGUUCAGUCAGAAUCCGAGCAGAAGCGAAGACGAUAACCUGAGCACAAACUCGAAGUCUAUUCAGACAGACAGUCGACAAAAAUUCAGCGAGUUUCUCCUGCGCUUGAGUCCGUGGAGCUCACCUCCAGCAGCUCAGUGUCUGCAGAUGCUCAGCUGAUGUUGAGUGACUCUCCACAGACAGCUUUAGGAAAAAACACUUCAGAACAAGAGGCUUCUCCGGCAGCAGCCGCUAUGGAGAACCGCCCAACAGAAAAACAAACCAAAAAGAUGAAGAAAAAAGGCAUCUGUGCAUUCUUCCGGCGGAUUGGGAAAACUAUAAAGCGUUGCACCCUACAUUGCUACGUGGACGACAUACUGCCCCCAAUUCCAUGCGAUGAUCCAGCGGAUCUCCAGCCAGGUUUAUCUGGCCUUGAAUGGGCGUUAUCAAUCGAUCCAUGUCCAUCUGGUGUCGAGCUGACGAUUAACACCAAUCCAGCUGAUCCUGAGGCGCCAUUGGUCUCAGGACCAUCCAGUCUUGAGGUGACAUCUGACAGUGAUCAGACUGAUUCAGAGCCAUCACUUGUCCCAGGUCCAUCCAGCCUCGAUUUAAAGUUAACACUGGAUUCAAGUCUAUCCAAACUGGUUUCUGAGACCAGGAAUGUCCCAGGACCAUCUAGUCUUGAUGUAACGCCUGUACCAAGUCUAUCCAGUAUCGAGAUGAAUCCGGACAUGGAUCCAACCGAGCCCAGGCCAUCACCUGUCUCAGGUCCAUCCACACUGGAUUCUGAGAUAGCACCUGUCCCAGGUCCAUCUGGUUUUGAGGCAGCUGUUGAACAACAAUCAACAAAGAGGAAGAAGAAAGGCAUCUGUGCAUUCUUCCGCCGGACAUGGAGGGCUGUAAAGUGUGCUGCCCUCUGUUGCCAAAGGGACAACAAAGUGGCUCCAGAUUUAUUUGCCAUUGACCCAGUGGCUCAACGGGAUAUAUCAGAUCUCCAGCCAGGUUUAUUCAGCCGUGGGUGGCUAACACUUAAUGCUGAGCCAACAUAUUUGGAGCCAUCACCUGUCCCAGGCCCAUCCAAACUGAAUAAUGAGCCAGUGCCUGCCCCACAUCAAUCUGGUUAUGAGCCACCUGUUGAAAAACAAAUAAAAAUGACUCAAAAGAAAGAAAUCCAAGCAUUCUUCCAGCGAACAUGGAGGACUGUUAAGUUUCCCUCCUUGGCCCCAGGUUCAUGUCGCAUUGAGCCAGUAGCUCACUGGGAUCCAGUGGACCUCCAGCCAGGUCUAUCUGGCCCCUUGUGCGUGUUAAGGAAUGAUCCAGGUCCAUCUUGUUUCGAGGUGACAGUCACGGCUAACCACAGUCCACCUGAUUCUAAGCCAGGUCCAUUCAGCCUCGAUUCACACUUAACACUUGACCCAGGUCCAGCUGGUCUUGUAGUUGAGUUGAUGUCUAUCCCAGGACCAUCCAGUCAGGAGAUAAUGCAUGUCCCAAGUCUACCCAGUCUCAAGCUGAUGGACGUUCCAGAGCUUAAACCCGUCCCAGGUUCAUCAGGUCUUGAGCUGACAGCUGCUGUGGAUUUGACUGAUCCCGAGCCGUCAUCUGCUUCAGGUUCUUCCAGCUGCAGGCUGACACCUGAGACUGAUCUGGACAAUUCUAAACAAAAACCUGUCCCAGUCCUAUCUGGUUUUUGGCCAACUGCAGGAUCAUUUUCCUCCCGUUAUGAUGUGGGAGUGAAGUUGGGACAGGGAGGCUUUGGUUCUGUGUAUAAGGGGACUCACAGAUUUAGUGGACAGAAGGUUGCUAUCAAAUUUCUACCUAAGAAGCCCUGGAACUACCUUAUUAAUGUGCCUGGAUCUACGAAACCUCUAUUGUCAGAAGUGGUUAUGAAUGUGAUGGUGUGUGCACCUCUGAAAAGCCCCUACAUUGUACAAAUGAUCGAGUGGUUUGAUCAGCCACAUCAGUUCGUCAUAGUUAUGGAAUAUCCACAUCCAUGUGAGACGUUGCUGGAAUUUACCAUGUGUCAUGGAUGUCGCCUGGAUGAAUCUGUGGCACGUGGCUUAAUGCGGCAAGCAGUGCUUGCAGCCAAACACUGCAUUGAACGGGGCAUCUUGCACAAUGACAUCAAGACGGACAACAUGCUGGUCAACACAGAGACGCUGCAGCUCAAACUAAUAGACUUUAGCUGUAGCAAACAUAUUAACAUGUCUUGUUCUGAAGAUUAUCAACAGGCGGUCGGAUCAACAGUCUGGGCUUUGGCUAUGGUACUUUUGGAGAUAGUAAGUGGAGACCAGCCCAUAAGUGUUUUUCUCUCCAAACCACGUCGCCCUUUGAUUCCAAAUUUCUCCAGUGAGUUCCAAGAUCUGAUAGAGCAGUGUCUGGUCAGGCAUCAUACCAAGAGACCAACGUUAGAGCAGAUUUUAGAACAUCAGUGGUUUAAGCAGGACUGAGAGAAGCCAGAGGCUCAGAGGCAGGUUGUGUAACAGCUUGAGGGAAGGCAGAUACUAACCAGCUCUUCAGUAAGAAAAAGCAGAUCAUUCAUCUGUAGAGAAUAGCUAGCAGACGGCACUUUACUGCAGACUGGACUUUCACCUUUCACCUGUGGCACUGAAUGUUACACCUACUAUGGAGGUGACAUUUUGCCAAGACAAAUUUGUCAAGAUCCUAGAUAAUUGUGCACUUUGGAGAAAGACUAAAUGAAAGAGAAUAUAGCGGUCUAGAGACAAAUAGGCCUAAUACUGAAGAUUCGGGAUGCAUUCUUCGGGGCCUUUUGCCACAGAUGAAAUAAUCCAGGCAUAGCUAAAUUCAAAAUGUAAUUUAGAGGAACUUGACAGGAAAUUCCCAGGGAAGACCCAGUAAAGAUUGAAUAGUAUAUUUCUGGCCACCAGAUCUAUAUCAGUUUAGGUACUGACAUUAGAUCAGGUACUGAGGGUGGAGUAAUUGUAUUAUAAUAGGCCACUUACCCAACCAGUACAAUAUUAUCUUAAAUAUUUUGGAUUCACAAACCUGUGAGUCCACACUUGAAUAGCAAAUGCCUCUAGACCAACAUAUCUAAACAGUGUAUAUAUAUUAAAUCACAGUUAUACAUGUAUAAUAAAAUAUAAUAACAGUAGUUCAGUUGUAUUAUUGUUGCUAUGACUUUUCUGUGUUAGACAAUAAUAUAUUUUUGACUUAAAUCAGAAUAUCAUUCCCACCUAAUUAUUUGAAGUACAGUAAUGAGUAUAAAUGACAAUAAAUGAUGAGAUCUACCCAC